AUACAAGUGUUCCAUUUUCACUACCCCACAUCCUCAAGUUCCAGCCAUCAUCAGCUUCCCUUCUACUGUCGCUGACCUCUUUUGCAUUGACCACUGUGACCAUGCUUGAGCAUCUACCAGGAUUGCUCGCAUUCAAUGCGCGGCAAUCCACCGCAAUUGCUCUCAGCUUGAUAGCCUCAUGGCAGCUCGCAACCAUCGUGUACAACCUCUUCUUCCACCCACUCCGAAAGUUCCCCGGCCCACUUCUGUAUCGAGCAUCGAGCCUCCCCUGGGCGUUCCGGCAUGCCUACGGCGACCAGGCCUUCUACACCCAACGAUUGCACGAGGAAUACGGGCCCAUCGUCCGCAUCGGCCCAAACCAUCUCUCCUUUACGGAUCCACAGGCCUUCAAGGAUAUCUAUGGACACCGAGUGGGGGGCGGACCCGAGAUGUCCAAGACCGACGUCUUCUCGAGGACGAUUCGCGCCGUGCCGACCUCUAUCCUCAACGCCGACCGCGAGGAACACGGGAGGGUGCGCCGAGCUUUGGCCCACGGCUUCUCCGACAGCUCGAUGCGCCAGCAGGAGAGCAUGAUUGUCGAGUACGUCGACCUUCUAGUGCAGAGGCUGCACGAGGAGUGCGACAACGGCAAGAGGGUGUUAAACAUGGAGGAGUGGUACAAUUGGACGACCUUUGACAUUGUCGGCAACCUCGUGUUUGGGCAGGCCUUUGGCUCGCUCAAGUCUACCAAGUAUCACCCCUGGAUCGUGUUCAUCAUGCGGGGCAUCAGGGUUGGUGCCAUUCUCGUGGCUAUGGACUACAUCGGCCUCGGCAUCCUGGUGCAACUCAUGUUUCAAUUCACUAGCCUGGGUCCCAUUAAAGAGAUGCGGCAGUACACGGAUGACAUGCUGACUUCUCGACUGAGCAUGGAAGAGGGGCAAGACGACCUAUUUGAGGGUCUUGUGAAGAGACGAGAGGAGUGGGACCUAUCGUUCCAGAAGCUCGCUUCAAAUGCCUUUAUUCUUGUUCUGGCCGGGUCCGAGACAACGGCCACAACCCUAUCCGGGGCAACUUAUUUCCUGCUCACCCAUCCAGAUAUCCUCGAGAAGCUCAACCACGAAGUCCGGUCGACAUUCAAGAGUCCCGACGAGAUUAACAUAAAUUCGGUCAGCAAACUGUCGUACAUGCUUGCCGUACUGAACGAGUCCCUGCGACUCUACCCUCCUGUUACCGCGGGCUUGGUGCGACAAGUACCACAGGGCGGAGAAGAAAUUGCCGGUAGCUAUGUCCCAGGCGGAACCUUUGUCGAGGUCCAACACUGGUCGGCAAAUCAUAGCAGCGACAACUGGGCAGACCCGUGGAAAUUCCAACCCGACCGGUUUCUAGCUAGUCCCGAGGAAGCAAGAGAGCAAGGAAACAAACUGGAAUCUCUGCAGGCAUUCAGUGUUGGCCCAAGAAAUUGCAUCGGGCGGAAUCUUGCAUAUGCCGAGAUGCGACUGAUCCUCGCACGCAUUAUCUACGACUUCGACAUGAAGCUGGGGGAUGGCAGCGAUGCUUGGAUUGAGAGACAGAAGUCGUUUACUCUUUGGGACAGAAUCCCCUUGAACGUCCACAUGACCCCGGUCGGGAAAAGUAAAGAGGCCUGAUUUGACGGCAGAGCAUUAAAAUGGGGCCAAAGGCGCGACCUAUGUAUAUUAAUCAUGUGCAACAUGUCACUCACGACGGCAGGGAUAGAUCAUCACCACUCUUACAAUCUUCGAGUAUGCAAACGUGGACUCCUUGACUCCAGAAUCAACGACAUAGUCUGGAUUCCUUGCAGAUCAUGGGUUUCUUGCAGAUCACGUUUCAUUCUCUUAUGUUCCCUCUUCUUUUCUAUUUUUUUACCUUUUUCCCCCU